AUGCCUCCUCCCCCUCCCCAGAAUCUCAGCCUUAGUAUAACCAAUCCGUUGGUUCUCUACCGGGCUCUCGUAGCUACCAAGAAGAUCAAGCCGGACCCAGCGCAGCAUCGUCUCGCACUUCAGCUCCAGAAGCUCUAUUUCCGACUCAAAGAUUACGCGCCGGAAGUCGAGUAUCGGUAUCGGCUCGAGAAGAUCGGACGGCGGGUCGGCAGGAAUAGUGUUCAACGAGAUGGCACCGAGCAGAGGUCCCAACGUCCAAGCGAUGCAGAGGACGACAGUCCGUCUGACCGACGGUCCAAAAGCAUCCUGUCCUCGCUUCUUCCAUUGAGGUUCACGACUUCCGCGUCCGCCCUGGCCUUGAUCAGAACGACCCCUCUCCACAACUCCGCCGUGGAGAUCGACUCGCCGCAGGGGAUGCUCCUGUACGGCGAAGUCGGACGCGGCAAAUCCAUGCUGUUGGACCUGCUGUACACGUCGCUCCCGUCGAGGAAGAAGCGACGCUGGCACUUCAACACGUUCAUGCUGGACAUCUUCCGACGAAUCGAAACCGCGAGGCUCGAACGACUCGAAGACUCCGAGCAUCGAAAGUCCAGUCUGUUCGGUGCGAGUGUCUCGGACCACGAACACGUCGUGCUGAGUCUGGCCAAGGAGACGAUCAGCGAGAGCCCGAUUUUGUUUCUUGACGAGUUCCAGAUGCCGGACCGCACAUCCUCGAAACUGAUCAACAGCUUCUUCACUGCGUUCUUUCACCUCGGGGGCGUCCUGGUCGCUAGCUCCAACCGUAUGCCUGAAGAGCUGAGCAAGGCUGCUGGUAUCGAGUUCGGGGGCCACGGGUACGGACACCGACGCGGCAUGGGCGGCGGCUUCUUCGGGCUCGGUUGGGGUCUCAGUCGUGCCAGCGAGGGCGAAGUGGCUGCAAAGACGGAUUUCGGGCUUUUUCUCGAGGUCCUGAGGGCGAGAUGCGAGGUGUGGGAAAUGGAGGGCGACAGGGACUGGAGACGAGAAGACCAUGAUGCCGAGCUGGUGGGGGAUGUUGACGACAGUGUUGGUGAGAGCGAGGUCACCACCACCACUGUUACAUCGUCGUCGUUAUCGUCAUCGUCGUCAUCAGCGACAAGCAGGACAGACAACACCUCUUCAUCAGCUACCACCAGUCUCACUGAAGACUCCAGUUUGUCGUCAGACUCGCCACCACAUUACCACAUCAAGCUGCCCUCGGCGCAGGAAUCGGCCUUAGCUGCAUCUCCGUCAUUUGAGGCCGAUGUAGAUCUUCUGAAUCCAUCUCAGACAUGGACUCCCACGACGCUCACGGUCUACGCCCGGCCACUCCAUUUCGAAACCACCCACAACGGAAUCCUGAAAUCGUCCUUCGACGCCCUCUGCGCCACAUACCUCGGUCCAGCGGACUACGUGUCCCUCUGCUCGACAUUCCACACCCUCAUCCUGACCGACGUGCCUGUCCUGACAUUGACCCACAAAAACGAAGCGCGCCGAUUCAUCACCCUGCUCGACGCCCUCUACGAGGCGCGGUGUCGCUUACUGAUCGAGGCCGCCGCUCCGCCUGACAAGCUCUUCUUCCCGGAGACAACGAGGAGUCUGCGACCGCGGGCUGCCGGCACGGCUGGUCGUCUGGCUUCUGGGCCUGGUACUGACGUCGUCUCCCGUGGAACUGGAACAACAAACGUCGCUGACGAAACCGAUACUGAUGAAACCGAUACUGGUAUGGGCGCUGAUGACUACGACUACGACGCUGAGUCUGACUCCGAUUCAAUCACCUCCGAAUCUUUCUCCGAAAUGUACCAGGACUCGACGGCUCCAUUCCGGCCCAACAUCUCCUCCUACACAGGUUCGUACGCGGAUGCAAGCAGCACCACCAUGUCGCCAUCCACGGCAGGGCCAAUGCCUGUGCCAUCUUUCACCGCGUCUCUAAGAAAUCCUUCUCUGCGCUCCGUCCUCGCAGACGAAGAUGGAGAUUUCGGUCCGACGUACGGCAACGGGCGAGGUCAUGGCAUCUCGGAUUCAUCUACCGCUCGCUUCGGCAUGGCUGCACCGGAUUUCACCUCGGCAUCGGCCCUGACGGGUGAAGAUGAGCGAUUCGCGUAUAAGCGCGCCAGAAGUCGGUUGUGGGAAAUGUGCGGUCGACGAUGGUGGGAUGAGCGAUUGCCCAAGCGGACCUCUAACAGCGAUCAGGGUAUACUUGAAACUACAAAUAACGGCACAAGUUCUGAUGCCGAUGCGGACAAAAGUGGUGUGUCUGGUCAUGGGACUCAACAGUCCGAAGACAUGGAUGGCGUUCUGUCUUGGUGGCGACCCGUGACUCCGGACGGGCGGUUCUGGGAGCAAUUUGUCGACGAGGCCGAAGCAGCCGUCGAAGAAGGACCUGGAGCUAAUGACGGACAUGAACCCACCACAAGGACCAAGACUCAUCAUGUCCACAAUACCACCCUCUCUAGCAGUUCCAGUGAACCGAGGAAGACCCAAACGGAGAGAGAUAUGCAGAGCGACAGCGAAUCGGGUCGCAGAAGCACGACCACGACCACGACCACAACGACGACCACAACGUUGACGUCGACUUCGACUUCGACCUCAGCCCGGACAUCGACCUCAACCUCGGGAAUCAUUUCAGCUCAGCAGAACCAUGACUCUGAAACGGCAGAUACCACCUUGAACAACGACGGCAACAUCAACGACACCACCACCACCAAGGACAGCAUUUCCAAAGACACCCUCUUCCACCACAAUGCAUCGCCCUACCGCACCUCGUCCGACCCGCCGCCCAAAUUCGAAUGGUAUCAUGCAUGGGGAAUGAUGCGGUGGGGCAAAAAGGCUGGAGACUGGGGAAAGGGCGUUGAAGCGGUUCAAGAAAGACGAGAAGAGAAGAAUCAGGAGCGACAACGACAACAGGAGGAGGAGGAGCAGGAGGAGCAGAAGCAACAGGGGCAAACAGAACAUGACCACGAUACAUCAGAUCAGACAGCAACAUCAACAUCAACCACAUCAACAACCACAUCAACAACCACAUCGACAACACCAUCGACAACACCAACACCAACACCAACACCAACACCAACAAGAAGCACAAGUACAAGUACGAGAGGUUCAAAUCCAAAUACAAACACAGAUACAGACACAGACAUAGACACGAGAUCAGCUCCACCAAAACGGAAUGCAGCAGACGAGACCUCAGAGUCGAGAGAGCAGCGAGAUAUCUGA